UAUAGCAUACCAAAAAUUAUUAUUGUUUAUUCAUUUUUUCCUGUCGGUGUUAGUAAUUUUCCGUGUGAGCAUAUUUAUGACGGUGGUGCCCAAUUUUCGUGUGGACUUUUUCGGAAAUUUUGUACUGCUUUCGGUUGAAAAUGUCAAUUCCUGGAAAAGUAUCGAUUGCUAAUUUAUUAAAAAAUGCAGUUGCGAUGAGAAGAAUUGAAGGAUUGAAGGAAGAAAUAUUAAGAGAUGACGAAAAAUAUUUCGAAGAUCAUCCUGAAAUUAAAUCUAUUAUUCGAAAAUACUUAAGAGACUUAUUGGAAGUGCAACCUGAUGAUAUUACACAGUGGACUUCAGAAUUCUUUUGUCAAAAAGACUUAAGAUUUAUAAUUAAAAGACAAAUGACUUUAGAUAAAGAUGCAAAAAUCAGUUCUUUGGCUUCUGACUUAAGAAAAAUUCCCGAAAUUGGCCCCAAACUCACUCAGGAAGCCAAUUUAGCAGGAACAACGAUUGAUUCGGAGAGUCCCGUAUUAGAUGAAUCUACAAAAACUUCUAUUGGAUUAGAAAAUCAAAGCAGAGAAACAAAUUUAGAUAUGAAAAAUGAAAAUUUCUUGAAUGAAUAAUCUAUCAGAAUUCGUUGAUAAUCAAAAUUUAAAUUAACAAAUUAUAGGUAAUAUUAUAUAUUGUUUACAUAUCUAAAAUGUAUAUAUAUAUAAAUUUGAAUAUUCUCUUAUUUUCAUUGUAGAUGAUUUUCAUAAAUAAAGACAUUAUAUUUAUUUAUUAAUUUUGAGAUGAUAUUUAAAUUAGUUUUUAAUUAUGAGGGUCAAAAAAUCCAUUAAUGCAAUAAAGUUCAAUAAUCAUGUGAGAUCUGACAACACUAUGCAAAAGCGAAUCAUCUACAAAGAAUGUUCUCAAACAUUCUCAAACAUCACACUUAUUGAUGUGAAUAAGAGACCAUGAACAUUGGAUGCGUAACAUUUCUGUCCAAGCAUAGCAAUGAAUUUGACAAAGGAAAAAUGUAGAGAUGCUGUGCAUUUUUUGACUGCAGAAGGAGCAGGACCAUCUGAAACUCAUCUACAAAUAAUAGCAGUAUAUGAUGGGAAUAGCAUAUCACUGACAAUCAUUUAUUGGAGUAGGUCAUUUCAAAAAGGGCAUCCUUUGUUGGCAAGCAACAUUACUCAGAUGGAUCAUCUGAAAAUAUCUUUUGGAUGAAUGAUAGACAAACUCAUUCACAAUAACAUGCAUCACAGAGGGCAAACUUGCCAAUUAAUGAAUGUUAGUUAUGGUUCCAUUCACAAUAUCACUAGAAACCAUCUUCAGACAAUGGAUUCCUCAUCACCUGAAUAUCAAUUUGUUGGAGCAUCUCACAUAAUGUAGGCUGGAAGGAGACAAGUUUCUGCCACAAAUUAUGUUAAUGAAACAUAUGCUAUCAUUUUGAAUGCAAACACAAGUCUCUAAUGGAAACAUCCAGUAUCUUCUCUCCAGAAAUCCAAGGUCAUUCAAAGCAGUGAGAGAAAUAUAAUGUUGGAUGUGUUCUUUGAU